AUGGCGUAUGCUGAAUGCUCCUCCGACCCAUGUAGUGGAGAGUCAGAGGUGAUCUGCAAGUUGAAUAAGCUUUCUGAAUUGUCUUCGGAAAGAUUGGUGGCCCGCAUGCAAGUUGCUAAGCCUACUACCCUGCCUUCCCUCAGACCUCAGGACCCAACACCUGACACAGAAUGGAAGGUUCGGACCGAAGUUCAUUGUCCGGUCCAAAAACGACAGAGACACGCAGUCGGGAGCGUGAGAAUCAGGCGUAGCCUACACUCAAGCCUGCACAUACAGAGUUCCUGUCCUGAAUUACCAGAUGGAAGGCUGUAG